GCGGAUCGAUCCGGACUUGAGAUCGGACCUUGUGUAGAAUACGAUUACACAACAGACGAGCUUGACCACACGGGUACUCGUACUGGUAGACUUCCCGGGCCCGAGCUGCGAUGGUGCCGCUACACAGAUAUCAGUCAUCAAACACGGCUAUAUCAGCUGAGGGGCAAUUUAAGGGGCUCUGGCUGUGUGCCGUCGUUCAACGAUGGCCUCACGCUGAAUAUCCCCGACAAAUCUAAAACCCUUCACGCCAUCACCAUGUCUGCGCACCUGGAGAAAGACGCCCGCUGGGAGACCAGUUUCAUCGGGUUCCUGUACCGCCAGUUUCUUUGCCGGCCGAAGCCCAUCAACGCAGACCUCUCCGGCCAGACAGCCAUCAUCACGGGCGCCAAUGUGGGCCUGGGCUUCGAGACGGGGCGCCAGCUCCUGGGGCUGGGGCUCUCGCGCCUCAUCCUCGCCGUGCGGUCGCAGGCCAAGGGCGACGCGGCGGCCGUGACGCUGCGCGAGGAGCACCCGUCGGCCACGAUCGAGGUCUGGCUGCUGGACAUGAGCUCGUACGCGUCCAUCCACGCCUUCGCCAAGCGGUGUGUCGGGGACGAGCUGCCGCGGCUGGACAUCGCCAUCCUCAACGCUGGCGUGCAGAAUGCGCAGUUCACCAGGAACGAGCACACGGGGUACGACAACACGUUCCAGGUCAACUACCUAUCGACGGCACUACUGUCAAUCUUGUUGCUUCCGGUACUAUCGGAGAGGCGGGCACCCGGCAAACCGGCGAGGCUGAGUGUUAUCGGCUCCGACACGCAAUACUGGGCGAGUCUUGAUCCCGCCGGUGGGGCGAUCUUGCCACGGCUCGCCGCCCCGGCCAAGUUUGACGCCCACGUGCAGUACCCGACCACCAAGUUCCUACUCGUGGGGUUUGUCGCGAAGCUUGCUGAGAGUGUCAAUCCCGACGAGGUGAUAGUCAACACAGUCAACCCUGGCUUGACUGCCAGCACGGAUAUAGGAAGGGAGACUCAGGUGUCGCUCCCCUUCAAGAUCUUCGUGAAGACCGUCGGGCGACGCUUGGAGUGGGGCGCGGACACCUACGUCGACGGGGCCGUGGUCAAGGGCCCGGAGAGCCACGGAUCUUUCGUCAGCGACUGGACUAUCAAACCAUUCCCCGCACUAUACUAUACUGCAGAAGGUUCUGCGCUGCGAGAUCGACUGUGGGAAGAGACCAUGGAGGAACUGAACUUUGCGGGAGUCUCCAGUAUCGUGUCGAAGCUGGCGCAGUCAAGGCCAUGAUCUAAGUAUCUCUUGACGGUGUGUAAUACUCAUAAUACCUGUUUGCUGGGAGAUGGAGAAAUGGGAAAUUUGAAAAGGAAAGCCAGUCAUAAACGCACUUGCAUGAGCACAAAAUGAAAGCCAUUUCGCCAGAA